AUGGUCUACACCCAUAACGACGAAAAACGCUGUAGCACUGAUCAAACCCGAGAAUCACCCAGUCCUAGAUCAUCUUCUGGUCACCUUGAUGCAUCUCAACCCGAUAGUGAAAUGCGCACCGCACGAAAUAGUUACAACGAAGACUUAGAUGGUAAGACCGAGGUGGGCCUGUCCCCGGUUAGACACGCUCACCAUUUUGGCUACCGACAAGAAUACUUAAGCCCGGAACACCUUCGCGCUACCAUUAACGCUCGUCUGGCCAAUCCACUGGCCGGCUUCACACAGCAACAAUUAUCGCAGCGAGGAGAAGACUUCGCCCUCAAAUAUGGCAUGCUUGAAUCGGAAGAUGUACGGGCCUUUCGACUCGGUGCUAUGCUCGCUCAGGACAGCACUCGCUUCGCGGCUGUUGAGGAACUAACACCCGAAGAAAGAACCGUCUUUGAACGAGAGAUAACCCACAAAUGGUCUCUUCCUUGGUCCUUGAUCAUAGUGAUAGUAUUAUGCUCCUUCUGCGCAGGAGUCCAGGGAAUGGACGAAACGGUUAUAAAUGGAUCACACAUAUUUUUCGCUCGAGAAUUUGGAAUAUCCAACAGGAGUAGUGCAAGAGACACAUGGCUGUUGGGCCUAGUCAACGCAGCUCCUUAUCUUUGCUGUGCGACUAUUGGCUGCUGGCUAACCAUUCCCUUCAAUAAUUGGUGGGGUCGUAAAGGAACAAUUAUAUUUUCUUGUGUAAUUUCUGCAGCGACGUGUAUUUGGCAAUCAUUCACGACGACAUGGUGGCAUCUGCUAAUUGCCCGUUUUUUCCUCGGCCUGGGAAUCGGGCCGAAAUCGGCUACUUCCCCCAUAUACGCGGCCGAAUGUUCACCACCGUCCGUGAGGGGUGCGCUUGUCAUGCAAUGGCAGUUAUGGACGGCCUUUGGACUUAUGGCAGGGCUAGCUGCAGACUUGUGUUUGUACUACGUCCCGGACUCGUCAGGAAUUGUAGGUCUCAACUGGCGAUUAAUGAUGGCUUCUCCAUGCCUACCUGCCAUGGUAGUUAUAUGCUUCGGAUUCCUCUGCCCCGAGUCUCCACGAUGGUAUAUGUCCAAGGGUAAGGUAUCAAGCGCUUACCGUAGCAUGGUUCAACUACGAUUCAAUAAAGUACAGGCGGCUAGAGACAUCUUCCACAUACAUACUAUGCUAGAAGCUGAAAAGACAGGUGUCAGCCUAGGGCAGUCGAAAUUCAAGGAAAUGUUCACUGUACCUCGGAAUCGUCGUGCCAUGCAAGCUUCUGAAAUCCUCAUGUUCAUGCAACAGUUCUGUGGGGUCAACGUUAUUGGAUACUAUUCUUCUGCCAUAUUUCUCAAGGCCGGGUUUUCUGAGAGAAGUGCGCUGGGAGCUAGCCUCGGAUGGGGCGCUAUCAACUUUAUCUUCGCCAUCCCCGCAAUUUACACUAUAGAUACCUAUGGGCGGCGUAAACUUCUUUUAAUUACUUUUCCACUUAUGAGUCUUUGUCUAUUUUUUAUUGGGUCAAGCUUUUGGAUAAGCGGAAAGGCUCAAAUUGCUUGUGUGGCGCUUGGAAUCUAUCUUUUUGGCGUUUGCUACUCGCCCGGCGCAAGCCCUGUACCUUUCACCUACAGUGCGGAAGCUUACCCCUUGUACAUCAGGGCAGAGGGCAUGUCUCUCGCCACUUCAACAACAUGGUUUUUUAAUUUCCUUCUGGCUGUCACAUGGCCUUCAUUGCUCAAAGACUUCAAGCAUCAAGGUGCUUUCGCCUUUUACGCAGUCUGGAACAUAAUCGGAUUCAUGGCCGUCUUGUUCCUUGUUCCUGAAACCAAGGGAAAAUCUCUUGAGGAAUUAGAUCAAGUCUUUAGUGUGGGCACUAAAGUGCACGCCGCAUAUAGAAAGCGGCAGUUUGUAAACUGCUUUCGGAGAUACAUCCUCGGACAGGAUAUCGAACCGGAAAAACUUUACUCCUCUUCCAGUGGUGAGCCACAAACGAAAUCUCUUUCACAGGAGAUGAUAUUCCACGGAUCAACCAUAAGCCACGCAUGA